AUGGAGCAACCACCGGAGUUUGUUGCUCAGGGGGAGUCUGGGAAAGUGUGCAAGCUGAAGAGGUCUUUAUAUGGGCUGAAGCAGUCUCCGUGUGCGUGGUUUGGGCGGUUUAGCAAUGCAGUUGUUGAGUUUGGAAUGCAGAGAAGUGCAUAUGAUCAUACUGUCUUUUACAAACAUACUAACUAUGGGUGUGUUUUGUUGAUAGUAUAUGUAGAUGAUAUUGUUAUUACAGGCAGUGAUGCAAGUGGGAUUGAGGCACUCAAGUCCUUUCUCGGAUCUGAGUUUCAUACUAAGGAUCUGGGAGUAUUGAAGUACUUUCUGGGAAUUGAAGUUGCACGCUCUAAGAAAGGCAUAUUCCUCUCACAGAGGAAAUAUGUGUUGGACAUGCUCGGGGACACGGGGCUGCUUGGGUCAAAACCGUGUGAUACGCCCAUGGAUCAAGGCGUGAAGUUACUGGCAGGAAAAGGGGAGCCGUUUGAAGAUCCGGAGAGGUACAGGAGGUUAGUGGGAAAACUAAAUUAUCUCACAAUUACCCGUCCAGAUAUUGCAUUUCCAGUGAGUGUGGUUAGUCAAUUCAUGAGUGCACCGACGCAGACUCACUGGGAAGCGGCGGUUCGGAUUGUGAAAUACUUGAAAGGUGCUCCUGGAAAAGGGAUCCUUUAUGCUGAUCACGGGUAUAUACGUGUUGAGGCGUUCUCCGAUGUAGACUGGGCUGGUUCACCGGGUGAUAGGAAGUCUAUGACAGGCUAUUGUGUGUUUGUAGGAGGCAAUUUGGUCUCGUGGAAGAGUAAGAAGCAGAAUGUGGUGUCACGCUCAAGUGCUGAAUCGGAAUACCGAGCUAUGGCUCAUGUGGCGAGCGAAAUAGUCUGGAUAUCAACUGAAGUUUGGGUUGAUUCUGAAGAGACAUUAUUUAAUGUUUCUAUGAGUGCAACAACAUAUGCAACAUCCAAUUAA